AUGUCACAAACUAUCACAUACUCACAGUUGGUCCAAGGCCUAACUGGUGAAGAUAUCCUUAGAGAAUUCCCAGAAAUUGUUCAUUUGGAUCGUAUCACUGGUGCUCCAAGAAGUUCAAGUUCAAAUGGUACAGACAAUGUCUUUAAUGGAUAUGAUGAAGAACAAAUCAAAUUAAUGGAAGAAUUAUGUAUCGUUUCUGAUUGGAAUGAUACUCCUAUUGGUGCAGGUACUAAAAAACUUUGUCAUAUUAUGGAUAAUAUUGAAAAAGGUUUAUUACAUAGAGCUUUCUCUGUUUUCUUGUUCAAUGAUGAAGGUAAAUUAUUAUUACAACAACGUGCUACUGAAAAAAUAACGUUCCCUGAUAUGUGGACUAAUACUUGUUGUUCACAUCCUUUAGCUGUUCCUGAGGAAUUAGGUACUGAUUUAUCAAGUUCAAUUGAAGGUGCUAAAUUUGCUGCUCAAAGAAAAUUAAAUCAUGAAUUAGGUAUCCUAGCUCAGGAUGUUCCAAUUGAAAAUUUUAAAUUCUUGAAUAGAAUUCAUUAUAAAGCUCCAAGUAAUGGGAAAUGGGGGGAACAUGAAAUUGAUUAUAUAUUAUUUAUAAAAUCAAAUCCAAAAAUUGAUGCAAAUUUAAAUGAAGUUAGAGAUUAUAAAUAUGUUACUGCUCAAGAAUUGAAAAAUCAAUUCAAAGAUCCAAAUUUAACAUUUACUCCAUGGUUUAAAUUAAUUUGUGAAUCUUAUUUAUUUAAAUGGUGGGAUAAUUUAGAUAAUUUAGAUCAAUUUAAAUCUAAUGAAAUUGAUCGUUUGUUAUAA